GGGGCGGCUGGGUUAUUCGCUAGCCACUCCCCUUUAUUUCCGCGUACGGUACCGGAAGCGGAGCUAGUGUUCGGGGUACUGUGUGUUGGCAGCUGUUCGGAUUCGCAAUGGGAAGAGGAAGCGGAACGUUCGAGAGGCUUCUGGAUAAAGCCACCAGUCAACUCUUGUUAGAGACAGACUGGGAGUCAAUCCUUCAAAUAUGUGACAUGAUCCGUCAAGGAGACACCCAAGCUAAAUACGCUGUUGCAUCCAUCAAGAAAAAAAUAAAUGACAAGAAUCCACACGUGGCUCUUUUUGCAUUAGAGGUUUUGGAAUCUGUUGUGAAGAACUGUGGGCAGCAUGUACACGAUGAGGUGGCAAACAAGCAAACUAUGGAAGAACUAAAGGAAUUGCAAAAGAGACAGGUGGAGCCUAAUGUUCGCAAUAAGAUACUGUACCUGAUUCAAGCUUGGGCCCACGCCUUCCGCAACGAGCCUAAGUACAAAGUUGUGCAGGAUACUUACCAGAUCAUGAAGGUGGAAGGUCAUAACUUCCCAGAAUUUAAAGAGAGUGAUGCCAUGUUUGCAGCAGAGAGGGCUCCUGAUUGGGUGGAUGCUGAGGAAUGUCACCGCUGCCGUGUUCAGUUUGGGGUGGUAACAAGAAAGCACCACUGCAGGGCAUGUGGGCAGAUCUUUUGUGGAAAGUGCUCAUCCAAGUACUCCACCAUCCCCAAGUUUGGAAUUGAAAAAGAAGUGCGUGUUUGUGAACCCUGCUAUGAGCAGCUGAACAAAAAGGGUGAAGGUAAAUCUGCCUCUGGUGUGGAACUGCCACCUGAGUACCUGACCAGCCCUCUUUCCCAGCAGUCGCAGGUAGAAGACAUCCCCUCUAUGCCGCCUAAGAAGGAUGAGUCUGCCCUGCAGGAAGAGGAGGAGCUACAGCUAGCAAUUGCCUUGUCACAGUCUGAGGCUGAAGAAAAGGAGAGGAUGAGACAAAAGACAACAUACAGCAUGUACCCAAAAGCAGAUCCCACCCCUAUCACCUCUUCUGCUCCUCCAGUUACAACACUUUACUCUGCUGCCUUGAAUUCAUCUGCUCCCCUUGCUGAAGAAAUUGAUCCUGAGCUAGCUCGUUACCUGAAUCGUAAUUACUGGGAGAAGAAGCAGGAAGAGGUCAGGAAAAGCCCUACACCCUCUGCCCCUGUCCCAAUCAGUGAGCCUGCUGUUCUUCAGGGAGGUGAUGUGCCAGUGACAGUCAUGGAGCAGCAAUACCAGAAUGGGGAGUCAGAGGAGAAUCACGAGCAGUUCCUAAAAGCUUUGCAGAAUGCAGUUACCACAUUUUUGAACCGUAUGAAAAGCAACCAAAUGCGUGGCAGGAGCAUCACGAAUGACUCUGCUGUAUUAUCCCUCUUCCAGUCCAUUAACAACAUGCACCCACAGUUGCUAGAGAUGCUCAAUCAGUUGGAUGAAAGGCGAUUGUACUACGAGGGCCUGCAAGACAAACUUGCACAAAUUCGGGAUGCGCGAGGAGCACUGAAUGCUCUUCGUGAUGAGCACAGGGAAAAGCUCCGGCGUGCAGCAGAGGAGGCUGAGAGGCAACGGCAAAUCCAAUUGGCGCAAAAACUGGAGAUUAUGAGACAAAAAAAGCAGGAAUACCUGGAGAUGCAACGCCAGCUGGCAAUCCAACGUUUGCAGGAGCAGGAAAAGGAGAGACAAUUGCGACUGGAGCAGCAGAAACAGACAAUUCAGAUGAGAGCCCAGAUGCCUGCUUUCUCCCUCCCAUAUGCACAGCUACAAUCACUACCUGCGACUGGGGGCAUUAUGUACCCACCCUCUGGACCCCCUGCCUACCCUGGUACCUUUAGCCCAUCUGGUUCUGUGGAGGGUUCCCCAAUGCAUGGUGUGUAUAUGAACCCAUCAGGACAGCCAGCCACAGCGCCAUACCCUGCCAUGCAGGUUCAAGGUGAGAUGUCAAGGUGCUUGACUGGAUGUUGGAAAUCCUGCUUAUAUGUUAGACCUAAUCAAAACCGUGUUUUUCUCACAGAUCCCAACAUGGUGAAUGCAUAUAUGUACACAGCAGGAUGUGCUCCCACAGCUCAGCAGGGGCAGGCUGUACCAACCACCAACCCAACAUACACGUCUUAUCAGCCCACACCUACUCAAGCCUACCAGAAUGUGGCAUCUCAGAGCCUUCCCUCGAUAUCCCAGACUGCUUCUGCGGGUGCAGUGGGUUACAUGGGUGCACAGUCUGUCCCCAUGCCUUAUCAGCCAUAUAAUAUGCAGAAUCUUAUGUCUACUCUGCCUGGUCAGGACCCAUCUCUUAGCAACCUACCUUCUCAACAGCAGCCAUUCAUUGGUGGGCAGCAACCCAUGUACCAGCAGAUGCCAGUUGUAGGUGGUCAGCAACAGCCUGCGCAGCAGCCAGCAGCACAUGGGCAGCAAGGAACAGGAGGGAGCGAAGCACAACUUAUCUCAUUUGACUAAUGAAGAACUGAAUUACCUUAAACAUGUUAAAUCAACCCUAUUUGGCCCUAGCGUGUAAAGCAUGUACCUUUAGCUAAACAGAAAAAUACACUACAUUAAUGUAAAUUUCAUAUUUUAGCUGUACUUGAUCUCUGUCCAUGUUUUUUUUUUCUUUUCUUUUUUAACUUAUGCCCAGAUCUAAUGCUGCUUUAAGCACUGACCAAAAUCUAGCUCACGAGGAACAUGUACAUAUAUGAAAUCCUUGAAGUAUUUGCUAUAUGGGGUAUAUUGAUAACUUGAGCUAUUCUGGACAAUUAUAGAAAGAUAAUUUGCCAAAGCCUAUGGGAAAUGCCAUUCAAAUAUUCUUCUCUAUCCUCUCUCACCUCCCACAAAUUCCUGAGCCGAAAAUAUAAAAUGGUGUCAAAAUUAAACAAAAUUUAUGUUAAGGCUAUAAAAAAAUAACUGUUGGCCUACAUGAUAAAUACACCCACGAUUACAGAGGACAAGUACUUAAUAUUAACCAAACACAGAUUAGUUAUAUCAGGUACAGGUUUGGGAUCUAUUAUCCCAUAAUUUAGAUCCCCAUCUUAAGAAUACUAAAAAAUCAUUUAAAUAUUAAAUAAACCCAGUGGGAUUGUUUUGCCUCCAAUAUGGAUUCAUUAUAUCUUAGUUGGAAUUAAGUACAAGGUAUUAUUACAGAGAAAAAGGAAAUAUGUUUUGAAAUUUUGAAUUAUUUGUUUAUAAUUGAGUCUAUGGUAGAUAACCUUUCCAUAAUUAGGAGCUUUCUGGAUAACUGGUUUCCAGAUAACGGAUUCUAUACCCAGCUUCACUUUGUGCUCCCCUAAACAUUUGCUACUUAGUGGCAGUUGUUCCUUUUGGAAUAGCAAUGGCCUAAAAAUGCCGUGUAUGGCUCUGAUAUGACUGGCUGUUUCAGCCUUGUUACUCAUGCUUAGAUUGGUAGCGUAUAAGGCUCUCAUAUCUCUGUUGUACCCCUGGAUUCCAAUGCCACCACAACUGUUCCAUUGUGAUGCUGUUUUUGUGCUUGUAAUAUAUAUCAGAUUCACUGCACUUGUUCAGCUGUGUCUGUAUGGGUGGUUUCCCAGGCUUCUCUCUCUUAUUUUCACCUCUUGAAUUUAGUGACUUCUAAAAGGUUUAAUAUCACCAUAAUAAAUAUGUAUCGGACUGGAA